UGGACUGCUUUACGUUUUAACAGAUUCAUGAUUAUCAUAAUAAUCACCGAGAGAUUCCUAUCGUUAAUUCAUUCCCUUGAGUUGAUGAAUAAUGAAAGUGUAUUCACAAGAUCAAAUGUUCCUUUUCAGGUUCUUUCUUCUUUCUCAAGUUUUUUCAAUUUUUUUUUAAGAACCUACUUAAGAAACUUGCAAUGGAGGACACAAAUUUAGGUGUUUCUUAACUAAAGUUUUUAACACAAAUUUAUUACUAAACAAUUGAUUAAGAGACCCUAAUGGGUUCUAGGGAUAAAGAUGCUCUAACAAUAUUAUGUGUGAGAAAUUGCAAUGUGUUAUCAUCACAGAUUAGUAGUUUAGUUUUGUUAAGUGAGAAAGUUGUAAGAAUAUUAUUCGGUUACAAAUUUUAAUAGAAAGCCUCACAGUUCAAAAAGAAAUAUUAUUCGGUUACAAGAAGGUCGUAACGAGGAACUGAAGUAAGAACCUACCUAGUCCAGAAUUAAAUAGGCCAUGGAGCAGGAGGGACAUACCAGCUGUUGCUGAUGUGGAGUACUGUGAUUGGUGGGAUUGAUUUAAAUACGACUUAAAGUUUUUCUUGACCCGACUCGUGACUUUCUCCGACAUUCAUGACCCAAUCCAUCCACAGUUUCUCUCUCAUAAACACAAACACAAACACAAGUACUAGGUGGAAAGCAAUGGCCCUUCCUCUUUUUCCUCCCUACAUCUCGCGGCGGAGGCACGGAGGAAUCAUGCGGCGGCUGAUCGGUGGCACUGUUGUUAAUUAUUAUUCAAUUUCUAUUCAAGGUUGUGUGUGAAAUAACCUUGAAGGAUUUGAAUGGAUGAUGACUUUGCAGAUGGAUAAGAAUAUUCGAUAAGACUGUUGAGUUAGAAAUCAAGCGUGCUCACCCUCGGAAUCCUUCUGAUCCAAAUCCGUGGCAGCAGAUUCGUGAAAAUUUUAUGAAGCAAUCAUUCUUGAAGACCACACGUUUCCGAGGAGCACAACAUGGAGUUUACUCUGUGGCAGCUGCAUUACAAAAGGAUUGAAGACUUUCAGUGCUGUCCUGGCUCCUAGUAACCCGAGUGUGGCUCAAAAUUCAAAGGGUCCAUCUAGGCCUGACAGGGUCGCAAACCUCAAGCUGCAGUUCAGAACUUUCCUUUCAGAAGCAACAUGGGGUUUUACCAUGAAAACGAUCUUAAAAAUUAGAGCCAAGUAUGGGCUUCCCUUGGAUGGAAAGAAGAUAGCAGAAGUUCAGAAAGGCUUUGGUGUCUUGUCACCGUUGCUUUAUAUACCUUGGUGAUCUUGCUCGGUAUAAAGGAUUAUAUGGAGAGGGAGAUUCUAAGAACCGAGAGCAUGCUGCUGCGUCAAGUGGAAACCCACAUCAUCAGAAUCGUGCCCAAUUUGUUUACCGCUCCCAAAGACUCGUCUAGAAGGCCCACUGGUAAAAGAAGAGGUAAAGGCGGCGAUAAAGAUGCGGACGUGGUAGCUGUUCCUGAGAAGGAUAAAGUAACUAGCGCAGAUGAGAUGCUCAAAGCAUUCUGCGUUAAAUUUGUUCGUCUCAACGGGAUUCUUUUUACCCGAACAAGCCUCGAGACAUUCUCAGAUGUUCUUGGUUCCACUAGCAGCAGUCUACGAGAUCUGAUUUGGUCGAGCUUAACGGAAGAUAUGAUUUUUUGGUAAAGACACCAGUGACAGCGCACUUUUUAUUGUUAGGCUCGUAACGCUUCUUAUAUUCAGCGUCGAUAACUCGAAGAAAGACAAGGGAGGUCAGUCAUAUGCUAGAAACUCCUUAACAGCAAGUUUUGAGUUACUUGGACACGUAAUGGAGCAGUGUGCGCAUCAUCAUCUCAGGAGAGGUAUCUGAUGUCUCUAAGACGGUCAACGGGAAGCUGGCGACGGUGGUGGCCGAGGAUGGCCACAUCACCGGGGGUUAUUCGUCUUCUCCGGGAGUCUAUGUUGCCGGAAUAUACGGGCCGUUGGUGUUGAACGUUCUUCCAAAAGGGUCAGUUCCGGCGUCUGGGCCCAGCAAGAGAAUCAAUGCACGUCAAGACUUAAUACUAUAUUAGUCUCACCAUCCUCACGACUAAAAGUCAUGUAUGACAAAAGCCGUUUUCAAUUCUUAUAGAUAUUCUUUAUUUUUAAGAAAUGACUUUUUUUGCCGAGUUGUAAAUAUUAAAUUCUAUAGUUAAACCCAAAUUAUAUAGUCUA